GUGCUCCACUUCCCACGAGGCUCGGAUUAGCUUUGGAGGGAGUGGAGGGGCCGGCCUGCGAGACUUUAACUUUCUCUCACUUCUUCUCUUUUUCUUACGGUUUCGUCUGAUCAAAGGGAGUCGAAGCAUUUCGUCUCCUUUGGAAUUCCACGGCCACACCAAAAGGCCCUUCGCCUCUCUCUAUUUCUCUCUGAUUGUGUGCGGUGCAGAAUGACAAAGUGAGGGUCAUUUUUAUAAGCUUAAUCGCCAGAGUUUUGGUGUUUUCGAUCUUUAGAUUGGUGGGUGAUUCCGAUUUUCGAUGGCAUCGGAGGGAUUCUUCUCUAUAUCAGUUGCUUCGGUUCUGGAGGACGUGCUGAAAGAGCACGGGAAGAGGCUCAGCGACAUGGAUUUGGCAUCGAGGAAGGCCGAGGAGGCUGCCGCUAGACGAUAUGAGGUAGCCAGGUGGCUUAGGAAAACGGUGGGGGUGGUUGGUGCGAAGGAUUUGCCAGAGGAGCCUUCAGAAGAGGAAUUCAGGCUUGGGUUGAGGAGUGGUUUGAUCCUUUGCAAUGCACUUAACAAGAUCCAACCUGCAGCAGUCCCUAAGAUUGUUGCGAGUUCAGGAGAUUCAGUGGUUAUGCCCGAUGGAGCUCCCUUGUCAGCUUACCAGUACUUUGAAAAUGUGAGGAAUUUCCUUGUUGCUGUCCAGGAUAUUGGUCUACCUACAUUUGAAGUAUCAGAUUUAGAGCAGGGAGGGAAAAGCUCAAGAAUUGUGAAUUGCGUUUUGGCUCUUAAAUCCUACAGUGAAUGGAGACAAAUGGGCGGUGGUGGUUCCUGGAAAUUUGGUGGGAAUGCUAAGCCGUCCAUAUCUGGAAAAGCUUUCAUGAGGAAGAACUUCGAUCCUUUCUCAAAUUCUUUGGCAAGGUCCCAGUUUAUGGAUGAUCGAGAAAGCUCUGAACAAAACUUAAAUCAAGUAGAAUCCAGUGAAAUGCCAUCUCCGUCUUUGAAUGUGCUUGUCCAUGCAAUUCUUUCAGACAAGAAGCCUGAAGAAGUUCCAGCGCUUGUGGAGUCUAUGUUAAGCAAAUUUAUGAAAGAGUUUGGGCGUCGCAUUGCAAGCCAAAAUGAGUUGGUGAAAACAGCUAUAAAGGGUUUGCAAGAUGAUGGUAAAUCUUUCUCUAAAAUGAAGAUUCCUGCUGACCAAUCUUCUGCUAUUUCCGAAUUUAAAAAAGAGAAAGAAGUGGUUAAAUGCACAAGGUUGAAGGAGAACUUCCACAACAAUAUGAAACAUGAAGAGGCAUCAAAAGAACAGCUUUUGAAGCAGUACUCUAUAAUUGACCGACAACAAAGAGAUAUUCAGCUCCUUAGACGUGAUCUUCAAACUGCAAGAGCUGGUAUGGAGUUCAUGCAAAUGAAGUACUUGGAAGAGAUCCAUGUUGUUGGGAAACAUAUGCACAGUCUUGCUAAUGCUGCGUCAGGCUAUCACAAAGUUCUUGCAGAAAAUAGGAAGCUUUACAAUCAGGUGCAAGAUCUUAAAGGAAGUAUUCGGGUGUAUUGUCGAGUCAGACCAUUUUUGCCCGGGCAAAUAAGAAGUAGCAAUGUUGGAUGCAUUGAUGAUGAAAACAUUACAAUCAUCACCCCUGCUAAAUAUGGAAAAGAAGGGCAGAGAACUUUUACUUUUAAUAAGGUGUUCGGUCCUGCUGCUUCACAAGAGGAAGUCUUCUCAGAUACUCAACCUUUGAUACGAUCUGUCCUUGAUGGUUACAAUGUUUGCAUAUUUGCUUAUGGCCAGACUGGGUCUGGAAAAACUUACACGAUGAGUGGAGCCAAAGUAGUCAACACACAGAACAUGGGCGUAAAUUACAGAGCAUUGAGUGAUCUGUUCAACCUAGCAGAAAAGAGAAGAGGCACAUUCACAUAUAAUAUUGCUGUGCAAAUGAUUGAAAUUUAUAAUGAACAAGUGCGAGAUCUCCUCGUUUGUGAUGGUCUCAAUCGAAGAUUAGAAAUUAGAAACGGAACACAAAAUGGUGUAAAUGUACCUGAUGCUAACUUGGUCUCAGUCACUUCAACGGCUGGUGUAAUCGAACUCAUGAACAUUGGGAUGAGGAAUCGUGCUGUUGGUGCAACAGCAUUGAAUGAUCGUAGUAGCCGUUCUCACAGUUGCCUCACCGUCCAUGUUCAAGGAAGGGACUUGACGUCAGGAACUAUUCUCCGUGGAUGCAUGAAUCUAGUAGAUCUUGCAGGUAGUGAAAGAGUUGAUAAGUCUGAGGCAACGGGAGAGAGGCUAAAAGAAGCACAACAUAUAAAUAAAUCCCUUUCGGCCUUGGGUGAUGUGAUAUAUGCCCUAGCACAGAAUCAUUCUCAUGUACCUUACAGAAAUAGCAAACUUACGCAGUUGCUUCAAGACUCUCUUGGAGGACAAGCUAAAACUUUGAUGUUUGUCCAUAUAAGCCCUGAAAUGGAUGCCAUAGGAGAAACCAUCAGCACCCUUAAAUUUGCUGAAAGAGUUUCUACGGUUGAGCUUGGUGCUGCCCGCUUAAAUAAAGAAAGUUUAGAAGGAAGGGAACUUAAGGAGCAGGUGGGUAGUCUUAAAGCAGCAUUGGCAAAGACAGAGGGACAGUCAGAGCACUUUCAAACUAUUAUCCCAACUGAUCCGCCAGCAUUAAAGGCUAGAACACCAGCUUCUGCCUAUUUAAAUAAACGACACGGAGGAGAUUUUUUAAGCUUUCAAAAUGAAAACCAUAGACAACCUAUGGAGGAAGUUGGCAACAUAGAGGUACGAAGCACCUCGACAAGUAAAAAAAGGCCAAUCUUUGAUCUCCAAAAUUUAUCGAUGACAGAAGACAAUCAUCCCUGGUCCAAUUCCAGUCCAUUAAAAGCUUCUCAAAAUGGGGAAGAUGAUAAAGAUGCAAGCUCCGGAGAUUGGGUCGAUAAGGUUAUGGUGAACAAGCUUGAAAGUUCUCUAAGCCACUGUGAUGGGAAUUUUGCUACCCUGCCUGAUUUCUUUUAUCAGAGGUAUGUUUCUGAUAGUACUGCAUAUCAGGAUCAGCCCUACAGCAGAAGCGCACACUGGAGGACAGAGAGUAAUGAGUUUGAGAUCCAGAGACACAGAUUUGAUUCGGUAACCACAGAUGAUUCGGAUGAUCUGGACGUUGCUACAAGUGACUCCUCAGAAGCUGAUGCAUUGUGGCAAUUUAAUCUUCCAAAAGCUACUUCUAGUAGCAACUGUGGUGCUUCUAAGAUCAAGAAGCCUCAAAUAAAGUCGGUGAAUAGUCCGGAUUUCAGGACGCCAACUUAUGCAUACAUUCCACCAUCAUCCAGGAAAAAUUCUAGUGGAGCUAGUAGAAUAUCAAGGCAACCAAGCGCUGUUGGCGUGGACGCUAAAAGGAUUUCAUCUUCAGGUGGAAAAUUAAACAGUGGAAAGUGAGGAGGAGCGACUAGAUUUCUUUCCAUCGCUUCAGGUUGGUUUUUUUUUUUUUCUUGUGGGCGUCAAGAGAGAUUGAGUGUCCAGUUAGGUGGAUUGGUGGCAAUAAUUCGAUUUUGUUUGGUCAUGGUGUUCUUGAUUGGAUUGUUUUUGCGAUGGAUAAUGUCAUUAUAUCAUUUUUAACGAGUAUUAUCUCUUGAUGUUUAUACUCA